UUUAGUAUUAAUACUAAACAUUUUGGUUCUCGCCACCACAUUUAGUUUUAUGUAAUAUUUUUUUUAAACCAUGGGAAUAAAAGGGAAUAAAAUGAUCAAUUGAUACAAGUAAUUCAGCAAUGGAUAACUUCCCAUGGCUAACUUCUGAAGAUUUGAUACUAUUUACGUUGGGCACUUAUCAUUUAAGGAUCGCUAGAUCAUACGUACACGAAUACUUGCGACCAAAUGGUAUAUACAUUGUUGACCUCUACCACCACUAUGAAUUAGUUAAUAACAAUAUAUUAAUACGCGGAAGAAUGCAGUCGCGCCAUGUCAAGAGCAAGCGAUACUACACCUACUUAAUGGUGAACCCGUGAACAAGACAGGGUAGAGCAGUGUUUCCUAACCUUUCGAAUACUGCUACCCCUGCAACCUAUUAGGAAAACAGAUUUUACCCCGACUUUAAGAUGUUAUCAUCAGUUCAAGAAAUUCCAAUUUGGCCGCUACAUAUUCGUCUCUAACAAUGUCAUCAUCAGGAGAAAAUCUCGCCCCGGUUCCCGCACUCAGCACCCCGCGGGCUCGCUAGCAAGAAGGAGCGCAUGCUCCUAUUUAGUAGUAUUAUUAUAUAGUAUUUUCUUAUUAUUUAGAUUUAACCAAAUAAUUAGGUUCUUUGUUACCCCUGAAGUAUGGCUGAUUUACCCCCGGAGGGGUAAUUACCCCCAGGUUCGGAACCCAGGGGGUAGAGGGUAUCGAAGAUUACUACUGCUCUUGUAUCCAUGGCCGCCGUACCAUUUAAUGCUGCGCGCAUAUAGCCAGCAUAGCAUAUUUUUGAAGUGAAAUUACUUUAGGCACGCUUGACUUGGGGGGUAAACCGGCGAAUGUGUGACGAUUUUUGCGUUAGG